ACGGUGACAUCUGCACAUUCUAACUGAUGUUACGUGCUGUUCAGCGUAUCUGAUACCAUUUGGAGACACUACAAAACAUGCCGGUGUAUUAUACUGGCUUAAAUGCCAGUCCACUCUUUUCCAACCAGGAUGGAAUUGUCACAUCAAUAUUACAUUUGACUCAAAUUUCAUUUCCUGGUAUCACUGACAUUGAGAUUGGUUGGAAUUAUUUUCUUCUGUGGCAAGAUACAAAAUUAUAUAUCACUGGUAAAAUCAGUGAGAAAGAUGACAAAAACGGGCCACACUUAAUACAGAUUCCAGAGGAAUCAGCGGGAAACUGUAAAAUAGCUAUUCCUGGUCGGGAUAGCGUAGUUGUUUUAUCCACACGCAAUGAAAUCUGGAAAUAUAAGAUAUACGAUGACUCUUGGCAAAAAAUUAAACCUUUUAUUCCUAGCAAUGAUAACAUACAGACUGAACACGCCAUCAAAUUAUCACAAGCAGGAUGCACAGUAGUUUUAACUAAUUUAGGACGCGUGUUUAAUGCUCCCCUUUUGGUUGAGAUACCAAAGAAAGUUAAGUUUGUUGACCUUGCCUGUGGUUUUGAUCAUACCAUUUUACUGGCAGAGAAUGGUGAUGUAUACUCAAUGGGAAUGGGAAUACGUGGUCAGUUAGGGCAUAAUGAGUUGGAAGAUUGUGAUAAUCCGAAACUUAUUGAAGCUCUAGCAGGUCUGAAAGUAGUAAAAAUAUCAGCGGGUGGUUGGCAUUCUGCCGUAGUCACUGAUCAGGGUGAUCUUUACACUUGGGGAUGGAAUUCAAAUGGAGAAUUGGGAAUUGAAAGCAAAGACAAAAAAGUUCAUGCCGUUCCAACUUUAGUAGAUUUUAAAAAUAAUAGAGGAGAGACUAUAGAAAUUAAUGUUAAAAGAGUCGAAUGCGGAAAUUCCUUUACUGUGUGUUUAACAGAUGACGGCUGUUUUUGGGGAUGUGGCGCUAACAAAUACGGUCAGCUAGGAAAACUUCAACAAAACUUAGAAAACCCGUAUAAUUUUAUUAAACUGGACAUUCAAUCGCUAGAUUCUAAAAUAGUGAAGAAUUUCAAAUGUCGCGAAUGGGGUACGGCAAUGAUUACGGACUAACAUUAUAUUUUCAAUUGUUAUACGAAAUAAAAAACUUUCAAUUUU